CCUUUUUGUUCUUUUAAGGGAGAAGGAGAGGGUGGCGCGGCCGGUGGAGUGGAGGGCCGAGUGACAUAAACCAUGCGCGGAGCAAAGUGAAGAGAGAAGGGCGGAGUAAAAUCAAAGAAGAAAAAUAGAAUGAGGAGUGAGCGGCAGAUGGUUUCGAGAAUUGGAAAAACAGAAGAGAGUUGGUAAAGCCUAAGCGCAGCACCCAGGCGUCUAAAUGGCGGCAUCAGCCAGCGCCUACUGCUGCCUUACCACGACUACUGCUGCUGCUGCUACUACGACACCCGACCGCCGAAUUCUUCAUAGGAUAAGCGUGGGACCCGCCUUCCUCAACCACUAUCAUCACCCCGCCACCAAAUCUAGGCUCCUCACUAUACGAGCUCCUCCUCCUCCUUCGGAUUCACUCACCUGCCGCUGCAACAGCACCACCAAGCCCGAUGUUCAUGUCUUCUCAGUUACUCCUGCCACCAACUCCGAUGUAGACUACCUUGGCCAGAGCACUAAAGGCGACUUGAACAUCAACGUUGGAAGUGGUGGGCAGGCAGCCUUGGAAGGUCCCAUCGAAAAGGUGGCCUGGACAGAAGCUCGAGAUGCCGAAGACUUGCUUCAACACUUGGGCAUACCGGGUCCAUUUUCUGCUAGCAAUUCUCCCCGAGGGAUAUUUUGCAGCCGCACGUUGAAUCUACGGUCUAUCAGUGCAAUUGGGUAUGACAUGGACUACACGCUGAUGCACUAUAAUGUCAAGGCAUGGGAAGGAAGGGCUUAUGACUAUUGUAUGGUUAAUCUGAGAAAUAUGGGCUUUCCUGUUGAUGGACUUGCUUUUGACCCAGAACUGGUGAUUAGAGGACUUGUAAUAGAUAAAGAGAAAGGCAAUUUGGUUAAGGCUGAUCGAUUUGGAUAUAUUAAAAGAGCCAUGCACGGCACAAGAAUGCUAUCUACUCGUGAAUUAAGUGAGAUGUAUGGGAGGGAACUGGUAGAUUUGCGGAAGGAGAGCCGAUGGGAGUUCCUCAACACACUGUUCUCUGUUUCAGAAGCAGUGGCUUUUAUGCAGAUGGUUGAUAGAUUGGACGAUGGAUUUAUAGCAGCAGAUAUAGGUCCACUUGAUUAUAAAGGGCUUUACAAGGCUGUUGGGAAGGCACUCUUUAGGGCACAUGUCGAAGGUCAGCUGAAGAGCGAGAUAAUGUCCAAGCCUGAACUAUUUGUUGAACCUGAUCCUGAGCUUCCAUUGGCGCUGGUAGAUCAAAAAGAGGCUGGCAAAAGGCUCUUGCUCAUCACCAAUUCAGACUAUCAUUAUACAGACAAAAUGAUGCAGCAUUCGUUCAAUAGAUUUCUUCCCAAUGACAUGAGCUGGCGUGAUCUGUUUGACAUGGUCAUUGUCUCAGCCAGAAAGCCAGAAUUUUUCCAGAUGUCUAACCCAAUGUAUGAGGUAGUGACUGGUGAAGGUUUGAUGCGUCCCUGUUUCAAGACUCGUCCAGGGGGGUUGUAUUCUGGAGGAAGCGCACAGAUGGUUGAGAAUUCACUCAAUAUUCAUGGAGAUGAGAUCUUGUAUGUUGGUGAUCACAUAUACACUGAUGUAAGCCAAUCAAAAGUCCAUCUUAGAUGGAGGACAGCAUUGAUUUGUCGAGAACUAGAAGAAGAGUACAGUGCUUUGAUUAGGAGUCAUGGUCAUCGAGCAAAGUUGAUAGACCUUAUAAAUCAGAAGGAGGUAGUAGGAGAUCUCUUUAACCAACUUCGGCUUGCAUUGCAGCGAAAAUCCAAGGGGCGUCCUGCUCAGACGUUGGCUGCCACCCUUAUGGACGACAAAGAACUCACAGAUAGCAUGCAAAAGUUGCUUGUUGUAAUGCAAAGGCUUGAUCAAAAAAUUGCCCCGAUGCUGGAAGCUGAUGGGGAACACUUCAACAGAAGAUGGGGUUUUCUUUCACGUGCUGGUCUGUGGGACAAAAGCCACUUAAUGAGGCAGAUUGAGAAGUAUGCUGAUAUUUACACCUCUAGAGUUUCAAAUUUUCUCCACUACACACCUUUCAUGUACUUCCGGGCCCAGGAACAGUCUCUUGCUCAUGAUUCAUAUUCAUUCCGUCAUCUACAGAUUGAUAGAUCAGCUGAUGACAAGAACAACGCCUUUCCUAAGUAGCUUUUUUCGACUGGUUAUGAUGUUUCAAGAAAAACGAUACUAAGAAGGAAAUGGAUUUGAGAUAAUGAUGUUGUAUUGAGGUUAGUUGUAGCCUGUUGGGUUUGCUUUGGAAGGACCAUGGCCAGGUUCAGAAGAGGAACUGCUGUUUCCACAUACUUGUUGACGGGCUUUACUGGGAGGAGACUGGAUAAACGCGGGUUUCACUUGUUUGCGAUUCUUGAAUGGAAAUUAAUACAAAUUUAAGAAAUGUAUUUA